UGACGCACUGUUGGAAAUCCCAGGAGACGAACGCGUGGACUACUCGAGCGAGUGUGGCCUAAGAGAUACAGAAACAAAAAAUCAUAGGCUCGACAGUAAGAAGCACGAAUCGAACCACAGCGAUUCGACGCAGUUAAAAAAGUACAAAUGUGACUCGUGCGAUUACGAAUCUGUCCGUAAGAAGAACCUUAGACAACACGAGUUCAUGCACAAGGACAUACCGGCAUCCCGAAAGUACCAGUGUUACACCUGCGGUUUUGAAACCAAACGUAGAACCUCCAUGGUGGGCCACCAACUGGUACACCGGGACUUUUCUCAAGUACGAACUUUCAAGUACGAUGUGUGCGAUUACCAGACGAUCCACGAAUGCUCUCUCAAGAAGCACUCUUUAGUUCCCACGGAUCCGUCCCAGAGAGAAUCGCACAAAUGCGACUACGAAACAGACCGUAAAAUCAACCUCACUCGCCACCGGGAAAGACACGAUGACCAGGUGCAGACGCGGAUGUUAAAAUGCGACACUUGCAGUUACGGAGCCAAGAGCAGGAGAACUCUAAUCGCCCACCAGAAAAGCCACGAAGCGUCCACCGAGCAAAUGUUCAUGUGCAACACGUGCGGCUUCGAAACCAAGAACAAGCAUUACCUCGUACGACAUAACUUGGCACACGGGAAACCCGCAGAAUACAAAUCCCCCGUGAAGAAGUACAAGUGCGAAUUCUGCCAUUACGGGUCUUACGCUAAGGUGCACUUACAGCUUCAUAUGCUGAAACACGGGGACUGUCCCGACAUACCGACGUACUCGUGCGGGAAGUGUGAUUAUAAAACGAAGCGGAAGUGCAACUUGAAGCGCCACCAACUGUCCCACCAAGACUUUUCCCAGGCACGCCAAUACAAGUGCCACACGUGCGGUUUCCAAACCAAACAGAAGUCGAACCUCGGUCGUCACCAGCUCACGCACAAGGACACGUCUGAGUUGUUGACUUACAAGUGCGACGUUUGCGGCAUGGAGACCAUUCACAAGUACAACUUCAUAAAGCACCAGGCGAUCCACAAGGAUCGCUCGCAGGUACGGAUGUACAAGUGCGACGUGUGCGACUUUGAANAGUUCAGCUGUGUCGUCCAUGACGCACUGUUGGAAAUCCCAGGAGACGAACGCGUGGACUACUCGAGCGAGUGUGGCCUAAGAGAUACAGAAACAAAAAAUCAUAGGCUCGACAGUAAGAAGCACGAAUCGAACCACAGCGAUUCGACGCAGUUAAAAAAGUACAAAUGUGACUCGUGCGAUUACGAAUCUGUCCGUAAGAAGAACCUUAGACAACACGAGUUCAUGCACAAGGACAUACCGGCAUCCCGAAAGUACCAGUGUUACACCUGCGGUUUUGAAACCAAACGUAGAACCUCCAUGGUGGACCACCAACUGGUACACCGGGACUUUUCCCAAGUACGAACUUUCAAGUACGAUGUGUGCGAUUACCAGACGAUCCACGAAUGCUCUCUCAAGAAGCACUCUUUAGUUCCCACGGAUCCGUCCCAGAGAGAAUCGCACAAAUGCGACUACGAAUCAGACCGUAAAAUCAACCUCACUCGCCACCGGGAAAGACACGAUGACCUGGUGCAGACGCGGAUGUUAAAAUGCGACACUUGCAGUUACGGAGCCAAGAGCAGGAGAACUCUAAUCGCCCACCAGAAAAGCCACGAAGCGUCCACCGAGCAAAUGUUCAUGUGCAACACGUGCGGCUUCGAAACCAAGAACAAGCAUUACCUCGUACGACAUAACUUGGCACACGGGAAACCCGCAGAAUACAAAUCCCCCGUGAAGAAGUACAAGUGCGAAUUCUGCCAUUACGGGUCUUACGCUAAGGUGCACUUACAGCUUCAUAUGCUGAAACACGGGGACUGUCCCGACAUACCGACGUACUCGUGCGGGAAGUGUGAUUAUAAAACGAAGCGGAAGUGCAACUUGAAGCGCCACCAACUGUCCCACCAAGACUUUUCCCAGGCACGCCAAUACAAGUGCCACACGUGCGGUUUCCAAACCAAACAGAAGUCGAACCUCGGUCGUCACCAGCUCACGCACAAGGACACAUCUGAGGUGUUGACUUACAAGUGCGACGUUUGCGGCAUGGAGACCAUUCACAAGUACAACUUCAUAAAGCACCAGGCGAUCCACAAGGAUCGCUCGCAGGUACGGAUGUACAAGUGCGACGUGUGCGACUUUGAAACGAAGCACAAGAGCAGCCUCGGGACGCACCGAGAGAAGCACACGAUUCCUCGGGGAACGGAAACUUACAAGUGCCACCUUUGCGACUACGUAACCGCCUGUAAGAAAAAUUUGGCUACCCACCGGUUCAAGCAUAAACCGUUGUAUAGGUGCGAUACUUGUGACUACGAGACUAAAUGGAAGUUCCACCUCUCUCGGCACAUGGUAGUACACGGUAGCUCUUCCAAGGAGCGAAAGCACAGGACCCACUAA